UAACAAUAUUAUGAAAAGAAAUAUCAAAUUUAAUGACAUUUUUUAUUUCAUUAUUGAUCUGGGUAAAGGAUUAGUAAGUGUUUUGCUAAAAUACAAUAAUUGGUGUUGUUACUUGAAGAUAUUGGUCUUCAUAAAACUGUAUGCUGUUUCAAUUACCAUAUCAUGAAAUAAUGCACUUAAAAAACAGAAGAUUGUAAUAUUUUUAUAAAUAAACUUAGAAAAAAAGUCAUGUGGAAUCGUGCUUCAAGAACUGAUCCAUUAUCUUCAUCAAAAAAAUAUGUCAAUAUUUCACCAGCAUCAUACAAUCCCUAUCCAAAAUUAAAGAAGAAACCCUGCCAUGUACCAUUUAACUGUUCUACCAAUGCACUUGCUUUAGCUGAUACUGGUGUUCCAGCCCCAUGCACUUACAAUAUAAGAUAUAGGAAACACCGUAUUAAAGGAGGUGCAAGUUUAAGGUUUACAGAUCCUAGAGUUACUUUUAGCCGUAAGCCUGGACCUUCUCCUCUUUCUUAUGAUCCAGACUUGUUAUAUGAACAAAAAUGGGAAAGACGUACCAGAGGAAAGAUUUACCGAGGUAAACCUCCUCGUUAUGGAUAUGUUCCUUCAAUUUCUAUACCUCCUGCCCUAUAUGAUGGCUUUGAUAUUAUAAAAGGAAAAGGCUUAGUUCUGAGGCCACCAAGAAUUGAAUUUCGAAAAAGUAUAGAACCCAUGUUUCGUCAUUUUCCAUAUGAGUUGAGCAAUACAACAUUAAAAUAUAAAGGAAACCAAUGGAGUAAGCUAAGGGCUCAGAGAAAAUUUGUAUUAUCGGGAGAUCCUGAUACACCUGGCGUAGGAACUUAUAAUUUAAUGUACAGACUUCUCACGGAACAGAAGGUCAAUAAUUCAGUACCUGGUUUUUCAAAGUUGAAUAAUAAAGGCAAAGAGUUCAAUAGUGCAAUAAAUGAGGACAUACCUGGUCCGUGUACCUAUGAAAUAGAUUAUGAACCAAUCUUUGGUCUACGUUCUUAUAAUGUGAGAGGAACUUUUCCAAGGGCUGAGAGAUUUACAAAAGAAAAGGUUACGGUAAUGCAACAACCAUUGAAUUUAUUUCCACCUCCUACCAUAACUUCAAAUCAGAAAAAGUGGCCCCCAUUUAAUUCUAGCUCAAAUGCAAGACCUAAAUUUGAAGAAAUUGGAACAAGUCCAGCUGGGAACUUUGUUUAUUAUGAUUCUAUAAUAUUUAAGGCAGUGAAGAAGUUACUAGAUAUACAUAUUGUUACACCAUUUGGUAGUACAUCAAAAAGAACUUCUGCAUUUACUUCUAAUGAUUACCCUGGCCCAGGAACAUAUGAUCUCUUUGAUAAACCUAAAAAGACUAUUUAUGGAGUACGUGAUAGAAAUAACUAUAUUCCUCCAGUCAAAUUGACACCAUUGCGGGAUCUUGUUGAGUGUGAAGUUGCCCCUUGGACUUACGACUUAUCUGAUGGAAUAAAAGUUGUCUAUGGAAGAAAAGAUUGUCAUAAAGGACCUACUUGGAUUAAAGAAAAAGAUUUUAACAGAACAAAGUGGUCAAUUAAAGAUUGUCCAGAUGUAUUGUACGACCCGAAAGACGUCAGAGCUUUGCAUUACGGUCAACCCAUCUUUAACGAAAGGCCUAAGCCAAAGGAAAUAGAGAUCACUCCUGGACCCGCAGAUUAUCACAUCCACCCACUGUUCACGGAAGCCUGCCUGCGUGCUCACAUGACCCAGAACGCUACCUCUGACCUCCAAUACGUCAAAUACUUCUCUCCUAAGGUCAAAGAAAAAUGUGUUUGCUAUAUCUAAGGCACGGUAGUUCUUAGAUAGGAUCCCUUCUCUGCCCUAACACUCCGAUCUUCGCCUGUGAACUCUAUAUUUGUGAAAAUAUAUUAAUGUAAUUAUUGGC